UAUUAAUAUUACCACCACUACUACUGUUACUAUUACUAUUACUACUCCAGUACCAUAGCCACAGCCACAGCCAUGGUAAAUUUAUUAACUUCCAUUAAGGCUCACACCGAUAAAGCAUGGAGUGUUAGUAGUCAUGCUACUUUACCAUUGAUAGCUACAGCAUCUAGUGAUAAGACAUCUAAAAUUUAUAAAUUAUCUGCUAAACAUAAGUUCCCACUUAUAGCCAAACUUGAAGAUACUCAUCAACGAUCAGUAAGAACUGUAUCAUUUAAACCACCAGUUGGUGGAGUAGACAAUCCACUUGCUAAUUAUUUAGAUCUUCCUGCAUUAGCCAGUGGAUCGUUUGAUUCCACCAUCUCGGUUUGGGGCAUUGAUGAACCCGAUCAAGAUCUUGAUGAAGAUGAGAUCUUGGCUCAUCAAGCGGAAAUAUUAACUAGUCCAUCUAAUGAAUGGAAUUUAAUGGCCAUAAUUGAAGGUCAUGAGAAUGAAAUUAAGGCCGUAGAUUGGAAUUAUUCUGGUAAUUUAUUAGCAUCAUGUUCACGAGAUAAAACUGUAUGGAUUUGGGAAACUGAUCCAGAAACUCUUGAAGAAUUUGAAUGUAUUUCAGUACUUAAUGAUCAUCAACAUGAUAUUAAAGAUGUUACAUGGCAUCCUAAUCAAAAUUUAUUGGCUAGUUCAUCAUAUGAUGAUACAGUUCGUAUUUAUAAGCAAGAUCUUGAUGAUGAUGAUUGGUCUUGUGUAGGUAUAUUGAAUGGUCAUGAAGGUACAGUAUGGUGUUCAAGGUUUGAAAAUAAACAUAAUCCACAAGCAAUUGAUUCAAAAGUUAGAUUGGUAUCGGUUAGUGAUGAUUUAACGGCAAGAAUAUGGUCAUCUACUAGUGAAAUUACUGAAAGAGAUGGAUCAGAAUAUAUUCCUAGUUCAAUUAAACAAACUAAUGAAAUGGUAUGGGAACAAGAAGCAAUAUUACCAACUGCUCAUAAAUAUGCUAUUUAUUCAGUAGCAUGGUCAAGUCGUACUGGUAAGAUAGUAACAGUUGGAUCCGAUAGUUUAAUUGUAAUUUAUAAAGAAAUUGAUGGAGUAUGGAAAAUUGAAAGUACUAAACAAGCAGCUCAUGGAGUUAGUGAGAUAAAUUCGGUCAUUUGGGCUACGCUAGAUGAUGGAUCAGAAGUCAUUGUGACUGCUGGUGAUGAUGGAUACAUUAAUAUUUGGACUCAAUAGACAGAUAAAGUAAUAGAUAUAUAGCAUUAACAAGUAGAGUUAUUCUAAAUAAAUGUCACU